CACAGACAAGAAAUCGGUCACAGACUUUUUGCAAGAUUUACAAGAUUAUCGCGACGCGCAAGCCCUCCCAAAUGACUCUUCUGCUACGCGUUCUGCCCGUCGCCCUGUCUGGCUCUGCCGCACGUUGGCGUCGUCGCCAGUCUUUCGAAAGUUGGUCUCACUUUGAGCAGCUAUUCCGUGCCGAAUUUCUGCCCCCCGACUACGCCGUCCGCAUGAAAGAUGAACUUCGCAGCCGUACACAGGCUGAGGAGGAAAGCCUCCAAGAAUACAUACGGUCCUUACAGGAGCUUUACGACCGCGCGGACCCUUCGGCACCUGAAGCGGAAAGAGUGGCUCGGGCAGUUAAGCAGUCGCAUCCGCGUUUUCAGGCGUAUUUGAGGGGUCGUUCAUUCUCUUCACUCGACGUCCUCGCUAAAGCAGCGGGUGAUAUUCAGGCCGCGAUGUUGGCGGAGCUCACGUACCAACCACCGCCACCGCCUGAAUCCACUCUCGAGCCAUCGUGUGCGUGGCACGGUCGGUCCAACCCAAUGGCCUCACCGAUGACCCCACCAAGGGCUCUAGACCCAUUCAGCCACCACAAUCUGCCUGCUCCGUCCGCCUUCCCGUCAACUACCCAGGAACGUGGGACACCCACACCGGGCGCCUCGACCCAAGGCCAGCCCGUAGCGGUCGCCGCCCAUUCUAGUGCCGGAGGCACAAGUAGGAACCCUCCGGUAUGCUUCCAGUGUGGAGGUCGGGGCCACUAUAGGAGCCAGUGUCCAAGCAGACCACGUUCUGGCCGCUGGGGAAACGAGCGGGGCCGGCGAUGGUGA